AUGGACGCCGCGUACCCGUGCAAUCCGGGGAUCGACAAGCAGUGCGUGGCGCCCAACACUGACGGUAGCCUUGCCGCACAGCAAAUGCUGCCCGACCGGAUGCACAACCACGAGGAGGACUGGACACUGCUUGUGCGCCGCGUCUCGGACCUCGACGGACUGUCCUCUCGGCCCAAGCGGCCGACCCAUGUACUGAGCAGCGAUACAUGUCGCGACGGCACCAGUACCAUGAUCUACAUUCUCAACUACGCGCGGUCCAUGCAUGGCGACGAUCAGGUGCGCGGCGGUGCGAUAUGGUCCAUAGCACUUGGGACUAUGCACCCGCACGUAAGCAUGUUCAAGCCGCUGCUUGUGCUUGCAAUGAAGGCGUACCUCGACUCGAGGUGCCACGCUGUACUCGAGACGCUUUUUCACGCGGCCAACUCGCUGGAUCUGACGCAGCUCCCUUGCCUGACGCGGGCUGAAAAGCUGCUUUUACGUACGCCAGUGCUGGAUCCGGGCAUGCCGCGCUCGGCGCGCCGAGCGCCAAGCGCGCCGAUGCCGCAACACACACCGCACGGCUGGAGUAAACGGUCGCGCGUCAAAGUACACAGCAUGCGCAUCUCUGAUCCGAGUCCACAGCAUGCAUGCAAGACCCACUAUUCUACGAAAUUUGUGUACGAUCGUAUGAGCAUCCCUGUGCACGUCCCGCUCGCUCUCUUCCCCGACGAACUCGGCGAGUACUCGCUCACAAACCUGCUCACGCUUGUGUCGCAAGGCAGCACGCCACGCACAACGCUGCACCCGCACCUGCACACGAAUGGCACACAUACACACCCUGUCGUCUUGCUGUUUAACGCACUCAUCACAAAUAAGCGCGUCCUGUUUGUCGGCUACCGAACCGAGGCACACACCGUGGUGGAUUUUGUGCUUGCUGCCUGUGCGCUUGCAAGCGGAAGCGGUGCGAUAUUGCGUGGGUUCUUGGACCAGACGAUCCCGUACGCAACGCUAGCCGAUCUCGAUGCACUCAACAAGAUGGACGGGUUCAUUGCGGGGGUUACCAACCCCCGAUUCGAGCAGCUCCCGGUGUGGGAUGUGAUGUGCAAUGUGGAUACAGGGAAGAUUUCGCUCGGAAAGCACAUCAUCCCUGCAAGCACGUUCAGCCCGCGCUGCACUUUUGUCCCGCACAAGGGCAAACACGGCUCUGCGUACGGCGCGCAGGAUGACAUGCAUGCUAUUUGGAGUACCGGAGACGUGCGCGCCAAUUCAGCAGAUGGUCAGUUUGUCCAGCAGCUGCUCAGCAAAAUCAAGGCACAUGCAAGCGAGGCUUCUGUGCGCUGGACAUGGCAAAUGUACGUAAAUAUCUUUGUGUGCAAUGCGGCGCGGCACGAGCUCCGCUUCUACGGAGAUACACUGUUGGCUGUAACGUCGCAGGACGUAACGUGGGGCGACGAAAUAAGCACACUGCGUGCGAAUGCAAUGCGCGCCGAGGGAUGGCGCACUUCUCCGAGCUACCAGAUGUAUAUACGCGACGUGACGUACGACCGCCGUUUGGCGCGCAACUGCGAAGAAGCGUGUGCGAUCGACUAG